UAAAUAAUGUAUAUGUUUUGAUAUUAUAAGAUAGUAUGAUCAAACUGUCUUCCAAUAUUCAUAGCUAACGACGACCUCCGCUUUAGGCGAAUCAAGUGCAAUGCUACAGUACUGUGUUACUGUGCAGGAAUCAAUUCUACGAACCUCUCCGUACUUAUGACUACUCAAUUGGUGGAAAACAAAUGCGACGGGGGAGAAUGGUCGUGUACUCCUCCAAAAGAAUGCUGCAAACAGGGCUGCUGUUUCCUCUUUUCAUCGUCAAUUUUCAAAGGCUCAUCGGCGACGCCGUCUUUUCAAUCAGGGUCUGUCUUCAACCCACUCUUCUUAGGACAUUGGUAUUUUUGGUUGGCAGUAACAGCGACGGUAGCAGGAAUCCUGUGCGCAUGCUCUCUAUGGCGAAAACACCACCAAGGUUCACUAUGCUGCCGCGAAUCUAGCAGAGAUGAAAGGAUUUCCGAGCCUGAUUCAAAUGGAUCAUGUUAUGCUCCUCCGCAGUACAGUAGAUGCGGUAGUUUUCACCAGGCACCUCCGCCGUACUCAGAGGUGGCUGCAAAACCCGAUCUGUAUCCACUUGUGAUAAGUUACAACGCGGAACCCGUUAUAAAGAACAGUAACGGUUCCACUGGCUACCUAAUGGUUCAGUAUUUUAGAAAUUUUAUUGUUAGACCUGUUGGUACGUUAUCAGCAACAAGCACAAUAGAUUCGCUAAGUUCCAGCUUUUUAUGUAAUGCGGCAAACGAAGCGAAUUCGAUGAUACCGCCUCCAUAUUCGCACAUGGGUAGUUUAGAAGAAAUAACAACAGACUGUGGGCCACAGUCUCAAAAUGAAUCUCAACAGACUGACAACCGGUCGCCAAGUCAAACAGCGCAACAGCCUACUCCUAGUCCGGACCAGAGAACUAUGUCUCGAUCCGUCUCUUCGAACUCUCAACAGGAAUAUCAACAGGUGCUACAUACAAGUUCCAGUGCUCACACGCCGCUUUGCAGUAGCCAGAGUGGAAAUAUCGUACUAGCACCGCUCCCAGGCGUUCGUUCUACUCCUGUUACGCCACGCCCCCACAAUCCUGUCGUAUCGAUAACGAACAAUCCUUGUUUUGGAACGGCGCAGCCUAAUACACAGCCGCAAAAACUAGUAACAACAACGUCACAAGAUAGUAACACAUCAGUGCAUAUACCAGUAACAUCGCAUAGAACGAAAAGAACGCUUCAAGAGCAACGAAGAAAGAUAUCCAAGGAAGACUCUGAGAGUCAAGAGGAUGAAAAUAACUUCUCGGAUUUGCUCAAUUUAAGCGUCUGUAUGCCUGGAGUGAUAGAGAGGAUGGAUACUGUCAAUUCUCAGGAGUUUCAGUUCAGCGUCACGAACAGCAUAGGUUCAGAUAUCAGCAGCCUAGCGAACUUGGGCUCUCCGGGCUCUCCACCUAGAGCAACGAGUCCUACCGCCGAAAUGCGCCAUUUGUUGGAUAAGAUUCAACAGCUUCCUCAGCAGAAGAGCCCACAGAUGCAUCCGGAAAAAGAAAAGGAAAAACCUAUUAGUAGAGGCUGCUUCCAUAAGAUUAGAGCCAAGACGAUGUAUAUGCCUUUGAACAGCGGGGAUGGAGCUAAGAGUAGAAGCGUAUUUUCUCGCAGCUGGCUUUCGCGCUCAGCACCCUGCACACCCUCUGGAGCUCCGCCUCCCUCUUUCCCCGCCCACCACCACCAAUACCACAAGGCAGGCACAUCCAAGCCCGCAAUGGGCGGAGCUAAAAGCAACUCGCGCACCAACCUGAAAGCGCGGAACAUGAAGGGCGGGGAUAGCAGCCCGCUGUUGCUCAGAGAACACGCCGAAGAGAGCGAAGAGGAGGCGCGGCAAAGAGACGAACGGUUGUGAUCGGACGAAGGCAAUCGGAAGGAGGAGCUAACAGUUAGGGGGGCAGCGUUGCUGAAGUAUAUCGGAAAUAGUAUAGCGAGGGCGGGUAUAAACGCGAGUAAUGCUAGUAAAGAUGAAGUUGGAGAUGAUGAAAUGAUGUUUCAAUAAAUGGUGUGAGAUUAUGGUGGCUUUCUAAGUGAUUGAGUGUAGCAAGACUUGAUAUAAAAUUGGUUCUAUGUUACCAUUCAUCCCUUUGCUUUUGGGAUAUGGUAAUACCGCGUACAAGUACAAGUAAGGCACCGGCGCCUGCAGGGGGAGCAGAGGGGCUCAGUCCGGUUGAUUUGUUGCACAAUUUUUAGGAUCUUUUAGUUCUGGCUUCCCUUUGGAAAAUUUGCUACCCCGCUUUUCGAAAUGUUUGUGAGCAGGUACGUCUCAAAAGAAAGCUAUCUUUUGCCGAUGAUCGCCCCCCUGCGGGCGCCCAUGCAGUUCGGUUACUUGCUUAAGAUUUUCUAAUGGUCACUGGAUGUUACCUUGGAUAUGUUACUCUUUCAAUUCCCUCUUAGGUGCUCUUAAUAAAUUCUGAUUCAUGAAAAAUUAUCAUAUUGAUAAGGUCUUCAUGACACAAAGAGGUAAACAUUAUUUUUUGCAAUUUAACGUUCAACACAGUUGUAAAUGCCUUUUUGGCGCUGUGAUAGCACAGUACGUUUUAGAUUCGUUUAUGGUAGAAUUCUGAGAGUAUCCGAUAUUUCGCAUUUCAAUUUCCUUUACUAUAUGAAACGCCAAAUCAAAACAGAUAUUAAUUUAAUAGCAUACAGACAAUAACAAACAAAACUAAACAAGUUUACAUGUUGCAUAAUGGUACUAUCAAGAAGCUUUUCAGCUGCAUUUUAGUUUGCUUGCUUUCUCACCGCUUGCACAACUAACAUGCUGCUUUUGACGAAUUAUUAUUGUAGAUUAUUAUUUUCCCGUGUACAGAAUACGUAUAGGGAGUGUUCCAUAGACAAAUUAAAUUCAAUAUACAGAAAUAAGUAGUGAAUAUUGUAAAUGAGCAUAAAAUAUAUUUUGCGCUGUGACAAUCCUAUAAUUUUAAUUUGAAAAUUUUUUGCAGUAUUAUUUGUUGCGUUUAUUAGAUAUUUUCAAAAAUUUGAGGCUAUAUAGAUCCACCUUUUGAUGUGAAGUUUGUCUUGAGUGGAACACACCGUAUACCGCAAAAUGGUAAAACUAAAGUGCUUUAUAGCCCUGGUAUGAUGUAUGAUCCAGGAAAAAACAAAAAACCCCGAAGUGCGGUAAGUCCUGAAAUAUCUGGAUUUGCUUCACUAUAUACACAAAUGAGUUUUUCUAUUUUGAACUUGGAUGAUUUGUAAACGUAACACAGCACAUAUAUAAGGACUGACUUGACUUAGAGCACCUUGUUUACGUAAUUCUCUAAACGAUAUUUGUAAAUCAUUUUUCCCACAUCAUACAUUUCAUCUUCGUCUUACUAGUUAUUAACAGAUAAUUGCGACAGAUUCAAAAUUAUAAUUUAACCUCAAGAAAGGAAUUAUAUCUAUUUUUGAACACGGCUAUUCAACAUUCAUAGUGAUGAAGCGACAUUAUGUGUUUUGAUAGGUAAGCUUGAACAUUUCUUACUGCGUAGGUACUUUUCGGUUCAUUUUUUUCUUGAGGCAUAAAAGGUUAAACAUGAGCCCGUCGCAGUUAUCGAGAACAAAGUAAUCAUACUAAGCGAUGUUAACGAAUUAAAUUUAAAUACAUAGUCACUAUUUUUUUAUAAAUGUGAGUGUUUUGCUGCUUAGAUGAAGAGGGAAUUAGGAUGAGAUUACAUUGAGGUUACUGAAAUCACUAGCAUCCAGGGUAUUCCAAAAUAGCUAGUCAGUCUCUUGGAGCUAUGCAGAAUACAAAAAUAACACCACGCACAUCUUGGUGUACAAGGACAACAAAUAGCUCCAAAAAUGUUACUUUUGAGCCAUUAUUGUACAG